UUAAAAGUGUGCUGUGUUAGGUUUACCAACCGCGAAAACAAGGCUUUUAGCCAAUCAGUUCGCGCAAUAGUAUAUCACUAUGUUGCUAUGUAUUGUGUUGGUUUAUUAAACUCGCACGUUGAAUUUGUUUGUCAGUCGUCAGUGCCGCUGCAAAGUUCGAAACAAAAUCCACAAUGGGAGAACGCAAAGCUGUGAUCAAGAAUGCUGACAUGUCAGAGGAGAUGCAGCAGGAUGCAGUAGACUGCGCCACUCAGGCCCUGGAGAAAUACAACAUCGAGAAGGACAUUGCUGCCUACAUCAAAAAGGAGUUCGACAAAAAGUACAACCCCACCUGGCAUGCGAUUGUUGGACGCAACUUUGGCAGCUACGUGACCCAUGAAACCAAACAUUUCAUCUACUUCUACCUUGGACAAGUAGCUAUUCUCCUCUUCAAGUCUGGUUGAGCAUUGGGUACUGAUGCGCCAUCUUGUACAAACUAUGCCAUCACUGCCAGUUUUGUUAUCCAGUUAAUUUUUAUGUUUCAAAAACAGUUGACAGAGGAUUGUUAUCAAAGCACAAGGACAUAAUCAGACAGUCACAUUAUUACUAUUUUAGUAACAUAUAGAUCUGAAGUACAAAUUAUGAAAAAACUGAAUGAACUAUGUUUCAACAUUAUUUACCAACAGUUAAAGCGUUGCCAUGUUUAGUUAUGUGAUAUUUAUUUUUGUAUUUAUAUUUUAAAAGUUUUCAAUAAAUGUUAUGAAUAAAUUGAUAAUUGUUACCUUA